AUGGAUGAUGUGAUUGAGCACAUCAUUGAAGAUGAUGGCUUGACUUUGACUUGGUUGUCUCAGGUCAGUGCUUGGUUCUCAAAACGGAUCCAGACAAAAAUCAAAGACCUUCUGCAACAAAUGGAGGAAGGGCUGAAGACGGCAGAUCCACAUGACUGCUCUGCCUAUACUGGCUGGACUGGUAUUGCCCUCUUGUAUCUGCAACUGUACCGUGUCACAAAAAACCAGAGCCAUUUGCAGCGAUCUCUUGAUUAUGUGAAGAGAAUCCUUCGCAAUCUGAAUGGCAGAAGAGUUACUUUCCUCUGUGGUGAUGCUGGGCCGCUGGCAGUGGGUGCAGUGGUUUAUCACAAGCUGAAAAAUGACAGUGAAUCUAAAGAAUGUGUUGCCAAGUUGUUGCAGCUCCAAAGGACAGUCGUAAGCACAGAUGCUGAACUUCCAGAUGAGCUGCUUUAUGGCAGAGCAGGUUACCUAUAUGCCUUGCUGUACCUGAAUACUGAAAUCGGUCCAGACACUGUCCCACAGUCUGUUAUCAAAGAGGUAAUAGAUGCUAUUAUUGAAUCGGGGAAAAACUUUUCAAAGGAGGAGCGGAAAACAGACCGUUGCCCUCUGCUGUACCAGUGGCACAGGAAGCAAUACGUGGGAGCGGCCCAUGGAGUGGCUGGGAUCUAUUACAUGCUCAUGCAGCCAAUUGCAAAUGUGGACCAGGAGACACUGGCAGAGCUGGUGAAGCCAAGCAUUGACUAUGUGCGUCAUAAAAAAUUCAGAUCUGGGAAUUACCCGUCGUCACUGAGCAAUGAGACUGAUAGGCUGGUUCACUGGUGCCAUGGUGCCCCCGGAGUCAUCCACAUGCUCAUGCAAGCUUAUAAGACUUUUAAAGAGGAUAAAUACUUGAAAGAUGCUAUGGAUUGCAGUGAUGUCAUCUGGCAGCGAGGUUUAUUGAGAAAAGGAUACGGGAUCUGCCAUGGUACUGCUGGCAAUGGCUACUCCUUCUUGUCUCUCUAUAACCUAACUCAGGACAAAAAGUACCUCUACCGAGCUUGCAAGUUUGCUGAAUGGUGUUUGGAGUAUGGUGCACAUGGAUGUCGUAUUCCUGACCGACCUUAUUCUCUCUUUGAAGGCAUGGCUGGAGCUAUUCACUUUCUCUCAGAUAUUUCGGUACCGGAGACUUCCCAGUUUCCAGCGUUUGAACUUGGACCUCAAAGGAGGGAAAACAAAGUGGAACAGGACAGCUAAAAGAUCAUUUUGCAAGGAAACUGAUGCCAAAAGAGAUGAGACUGUUUAGUGCCUCUGAUACUGAACCAACUCGACCCUGGUCUGACGGAUGGAUAAACCCCUUUUCUCAAUCCACCCCCCUCACCCCAAAGGACCAUGAAGUCAUGAGCAUGAACGGGAGAAGCCACAUUUAAGUUCUCUUAAAGUGACACCUUCAGGCGUAGGACAAGAGAAGUCAAGUUUCGAACUUUCUCUCUUCUGUUGUAUUUGUCUUCUUCAGGUCUUUGACAUGCUCUGCAUGUUUAUUGGUGUUGUCUGUUGAUUUGAGUCUUUUGUUGGUAGCAAAAAGCUGGUCUCUGUGUGAAUCUCUGUCCUGUACCUUUGCGCAUGGACUCACAGCAGCAGUGUUGCUUUCUGCAGCGUUGUUACCCAGAGUUCCACCUUAUGCUAGAGAGUUCGCUGCAGGACAGUGCCUAGCUUCAUUAGUGAGCUGUCAACUUUAAAAAGAGAUGAAAAAUGUUUUUAUGUUCAUGUUUUUCUGCUUUUUUUUCUCCACAGUCCCUAGAAGCUAAAGUGAUGGUGAUGAGCCUUUUUUUAUGAAGAGGUAUGAGGCCAUCUCAGUUUUCAGAAACUUAGCAGGUUGGAUGGAAGGGACACUACUUGUCUUCCGCUGCUGCUGUGGGAGGUUUUUUUGAAAGCCUGAAAGAGAGGCUCCCUUUGAUACCCACACUUGGUUAGUGUGUUACGCACUUACAGCAGGGUGGAGAUGCUUGUCCCGACCUCUGCAAAGCCCCAUCCCAUGGCAUGAGUGUAACAAACUGAAGGUGGAGUUGCCCAUCCUAACCUCCCGCUGCCACCAGGAGCAGAGCAGGGACAGCAUACCCGUGCUUCUCCUCUCCUGUACGUGGAUUUCUAAGAAACCUGUCCUGCAGCAUCUAGUACACAAAUGAGUAAGGGAGGGCGCCAGGGCAGUUUCUCACGCUGGUAACCAGGGAUGAGCGUUGCUUCCAAACCAAGGUGGUGAUUUCCUCUGGGCCCUUCCCUCCCUCUCCCAAGCCCCGCUGCAUUUAGCCCCUAUAGUAUGAUAGGAACGAUAAAUACCAGCUGCUUGUGGAAGCUGCAGAAGAUUAAUGAGCAAUCUGAAACCAUUGCUAGAGGCUGCAAUUGAAGUUGAUUUCAUCUUAAAAUCCAAACAGAAAAAGCCCUUUGCCCUUAGUGUGAACUGUGCUGCUAGUGCUUUGCUUCCCCUUGUAGUGUGGUCAGGUUGUGCAACACGAGACCUGCCUCCAGGUGCUCCUGAGUAUCGGGGCCCUUGGGUUGGGAGA